AUGGCUCCCCGAUAUUCUAGCAUUGCAGUAAUCGGUGCUGGGCCUUCCGGCAUCUCUGCUGUGAAGGCUUUAAGCGAGGAGAAUGCUUUUAACAGGAUCCAAUUGUUCGAUAGAAGAGAUAAAAUUGGUGGCACAUGGCUUUACGAUGAGCAACCUGAACCUUUCUCACCAUUCUCGGCACAGCCUGUGCGAGAAAUCCCAGCCAAGCUGCCACAGUCAUUGCCGCCUGCAUCUGAAAAUGUCACAGCCCGGACAGGUCUCUACCCUACCCUGGACAGUAAUGUAGGCUCGCAAGUCAUGGCAUUCACCUACAAGCCUUUCCCGGAUGUAAACUCAGCGUCGUCAAUCAACCGCUUCGGCAAGAGGAACCCGUCCCACCCCUACGAGCAAGUUGCAGGCUACCUCGAGGAGAUCGCAGAGCCGUUCUCGCACUUGUUUACUUUCAAUACGCACGUUGAGCGCGUGGAAAAAGUGGGCAAGAAAUGGCAAUUGACUUUGAGGAAGACUCAGCACUAUCUGAAAAAUCAGAAGAGAGAUUACUGGUGGCAAGACACUUUUGACGCGGUUAUCGUGGCCACCGGGCACUACGGGGUGCCAUUUAUUCCAAACAUUGACGGACUGAAGGAGACAUUUUCUGCUUUGCCUCAGAGAUUUGAGCAUUCCAAGGCAUACAGGUCUCCGGAAGACUACGUUGACAAGAAAGUCGUGGUCGUCGGUGGGAACGUAUCUGCGUCCGACACAGUCUCUGAAAUUCACAGCGUAGUCUCUGGCCCCCUUUAUGUCUCGCAACGUAGCUACAACGAGGUUCUCAAAGACGCAUGGGAACUCCCCAACGUCGUUCGCAAGCCGCAAAUUACCCGCGUGUCUGUUGGGUCAGACAAUCUCGUCAAAGUCGCAUUUUCGGACGGUAGCGAAGUGGACGGCGUCGAGAAAGUCCACUUUGGUACCGGAUAUCGACUUUCCUACCCAUUCUUGCGUCCAGAUCCCGUUACGCCGAGUGGACGUCUCUCGGGAUUCUACCAACACGUCUUCAACAUUGCGGACCCUUCGCUUACAAUCGUCGGACAAGUCAAGGCAGCCAUCUCGUUCCGUGUUUAUGAGUACCAAGCCGUUGCUGUGGCUCGCUACUUUGCAAACCGGGGAGGUGGGCUGCCUUCGCCGCGGGAGCAAGACGAGUGGGAGGUGAAGCGCCUGCAGUACAAGGGACCGACAUCCCAGUUUCACGAGAUCAAGCCCGACUUUUCGGAAUAUUUUGAGUUUUUGCGGGGUGUUGCUGGACCUCCUGCAUCGGGUACUGAUGCCUACGAGUUACCUGCAUGGGAGGAUGAGUGGGCGUUGCUGGGCUUUGGCGUCCUAGCACUGAAGCAAAAGUGGUGGCAGGAGUUGAAAAAGAAGGAAGAGGAGAAGAAGCUUGUCCUAGCAAAGCUUUAG